GUGUCACUGACUUGCACAGAGAGAGAGAGAGAGACACACACACAGUCUUACUUCACUCGUGCAACUCCGCCGUUUUCUGUGCACGGACACGCAGAGGCAUAGGAUGACACGAUGCACCAUGGACACUCCGCCUAAGUCAUCUCGCACCAGAGGCAUUCUCUGCCACAAAGGUUGCGGGAUAUAGACCAUUAAGAUCAUCAUCAUCAUCGACGUCGUCAUCACCAACAUCGCCAUCAUCAUUCAUUAUCUUCAGUAGCAGCAGCAGCAUCAUCAGCAAGCGGCAGGUCCUCCGCUCAGCUAUGGAGCUGUCUCGGCUCACGCUGUGGCUCAGGAUAGCGGUGGCUUUCCUGCUCUCUCUCGCUUGCGUCGCCACUGAAACGUGGGGUCUGGUGCAUGAUGCUAAGGAAAUCACUUCCAUCACUCGGCCAAGUCGUCUCAGGCACAACAGCAGCAUCACCAGCAGCAUCAGCAGUAGGAUCAGCAGCGGAUUCGAAUCGCAUUCUCUCGAAAAUCAACCGACUCCAACUGCAAUCACUCAGCAAUACCCCGAUGACUUCGAGAUGGUCUUACCAGUCGAGGUGGACGCUCGGGGCGCCGUGGUGUCUCCCGCCACUCGCCGCCGUCGACGCGCCUCGACCUCCUCGCUCGCCUCCUCCUCGUCGCCUCGCUACUACCGCCUGCGCGCCCACGGGGGCCGGGAGUUGCGGCUGUCACUGCGCCCCGCGCGCUCCCUGCUGGCGCCCGGCCUCACCGUCUCGGUGCUGGGCGCCGCGGGGAGCCCCCCGCGGACGCGGCCGCUGCGCGAGCGCGAACGGUGCUUCUACCGCGGCUCGGUGACCAGCGACGGGGUCGGGGAUCGAACCGGAACGGCGGCGCUCGCCACCUGCGAUGGGCUGUCAGGUCUGAUCCGCACUCCCCACGGAGAAUUCUUCAUCUCGCCGCUCGUGCCCGAGACUCCGCGGAGGAACCGCCACCGCCACACUCGCUCCGCCACUUCUCCCUCCGGUCACGCGCCCCACGCCCUCUAUCGCCGGCCGGACAGACACGGGGAGGACGCGCGGAGACGCGGAGAGGAGACGCGGGGACGCGGAGAGGAGACGCCGGGACGCGGACAGGAGACGCGGGGUCGCGGAGAGGAGACGCGGGGACGCGUGGAGGAGACGCGGGGACACGGAGAGGAGACGCGGGGUCGCGUGGAGGAGACGCGGAGACGCGGAGAGGAGACGCGGAGACGCGGGGAGGAGACGCGGGGACGCGGAGAGGAGACGCGGGGACGCGGAGAGGAGACGCGGGGAUACGUGGAGGAGACGCGGAGACGCGGAGAGGAGACGCGGAGACGCGGGGAGGAGACGCGGGGACGCGGAGAGGAGACGCGGAGACGCGGAGAGGAGACGCGCAAGGAGCACUACUGCGGACGGCGCAAGAAAUACGCGCCGAGACCACCUGGCAAGGAUGCGUUCAUCCACCCGGACGAAUUCCCCUUCCUGCCCGCGGGAAAGUCUCCCCACGGAUCCCCGGGGCUCGUGUCUCGGGAGAGGGGAAGGCGGUCGCCCGUGAGCGCACGGCCGAGCCGCCGCGGAGAGGCCACGGUUGAGACCCUAGUGGUGGUGGACCCACGAAUGGUGGCCAACCACGGGCGCGCGAGCGUGUCCACCUACGUGCUGACCAUCCUCAACAUCGUGUCCAGCCUCUUCCGGGACGGGACUAUAGGAAGCAACAUCAACUUGGUGGUGGUGGGACUCGUGCUGCUCGAGGAGGAUCAGCCAGGUCUGGUCAUCAACCACCACGCCGACCAGACCCUGUCCAGCUUCUGCCAGUGGCAGUCGGGCGUGACGGCGGCCGGGCGCCACGGGGGUCGCCACGACCACGCCGUGCUGCUCACCGGCACCGACAUCUGCUCGUGGAAGAACGAGCCGUGUGACACCCUGGGCUACGCUCCCAUCAGUGGGAUGUGCAGCAAGUUCCGCAGCUGCACAGUGAACGAGGACUCGGGGCUUGGUCUCGCGUUCACCAUCGCUCACGAGUCCGGACACAAUUUCGGGAUGGUGCACGACGGAGAGGGAAAUCUGUGCAAGAAGUCGGAAGGGAACAUCAUGGCACCCACGCUGGCGGGCAACAACGGAGUCUUCUCCUGGUCUCCCUGCAGUCGCAACGCCCUGCAGCGAUUCCUGAGCUCGGCGCAGUCGCUGUGCCUGAUGGACGCGGCGCGGAGCGUGGGUGAGCUCGCGCUGCCCGAGCGGCUGCCCGGCGAGCGCUACGACGCCGACACGCAGUGCAAGUGGCAGUUCGGCGACAGGGCCAAGCUGUGCACCUUCGACUUCAAAAAGGACAUCUGCAAGGCCCUCUGGUGCCACAAGAGUGGCCGGCGCUGUGAGACCAAGUUCAUGCCAGCGGCCGAAGGCACCUCGUGUGGGAUCAACAAGUGGUGCCGACGCGGCCAAUGCCUGCGGCACGGCGACGAGGGCAGCCGCCCCAUCGACGGCCACUGGUCGCCGUGGUCGCCCUGGUCGGCGUGCUCGCGGACGUGCGGCGGCGGCGUGAGCUCGCGGGAACGCGAGUGCGGGGCCCCGCGGCCCCAACUCGGCGGCCGAUACUGCCCGGGCACGGGCCGCGCCUUCCGGCUGUGCGAGGCGCGCGCGUGCGCCCCCGACGCCGUCGACUUCCGAUCGCUGCAGUGCGCCGAGUACAACUCGCGGCCCUUCCGCGGCCUCCUCUACGACUGGAAGCCCUACACGCGCGUCGAAGAGCAGGACAUCUGCCGCCUCUACUGCCUGGCUGACAAGUUCAACUUCUUCUUCGCGAUGGCGGGCAAGGUGAAGGACGGCACGCGGUGCCACCAGGACCGGCGUGACGUGUGCAUCGAGGGCGUCUGCGAGGCUGUGGGCUGUGACAACGUGCUGGGCUCGGGCGCCCUGGAGGACUCGUGUGGCGUCUGCCGCGGGAACAACGCGAGCUGCCAGUUCGUGCGCGGCGUGUUCACGAGCCAGCAGCCCGGGCACGGGUACCGCGUGGUGGUAACCAUCCCGGCCGGCGCCCGGAGCAUCCACGUGUCGGAGGUGAACAUAUCCGGCUGCUACCUCGCGGCUCGGGACGCGCGCGGCCGCUACCACCUGACGGGCGGUCACACCGUGGAUUGGCCCGGGCGCUACGAGUUCGCCGGAGCGGCCUUCAGCUACAAGCGGCCCUACAACAACGGCGAAAGCCUCAGCAGCGCGGGCCCCACCAACGAGACGCUCGUCAUAGAGCUGCUGAUGUUUGGCAAGAACCCCGGCAUCUCGUGGGAGUACACGGUGCCACGUGGUGGCGGCGGCGGGUCGGACCGUACGAAGGUGGCGGCCGCGCCGCGACACUCCUACAGCUGGGUGGUCGUGCGAUCUACGUGCAACGCCACGUGCGGCCGGGGGAAACUCACCACGAGGCCCGUGUGCCUCCAAGACCGCAAGCUGCCCGUCAACGGGAGCCGAUGCAGCCACAGGGCCAAGCCCCCGAGCCGCGUGCUGCCCUGCAAUGAGCAACCCUGCCCGCCGAGCUGGCAGGCGGGCGAUUGGACGCCGUGCUCGCGCUCGUGCGGGGGGCUCGGCGAGCAGACCCGCCCCGUGUCGUGCACCCAGCGGGUCGCGGGGGGCCGCCUCGCCGCCCUGCCCCCCUCGGCGUGCCCCGAGGCCCUCGCGCCGCCCCGGAGCCGCCCGUGCAACGCGGCCGACUGCCCCCCAGCCUGGCACCCGGGCGCGUGGUCGCAGUGCUCCAAGACGUGCGGGCGAGGCGUGAGGACGCGGGAGCUGUGGUGCCGCGUGGAGGGCGCCGGCGGCGAGUCGCCGCGUGCCGUGCCCAACGCGCGCUGCCGUGGCCUCGCGCGGCCCGCACGCAAGGAGAAGUGCUCCCUGCACAAGCGCUGCAAGAGCCCCCAGCACCUGCAGUGGGUGCUGUCCGCGUGGUCCGAGUGCUCCGCGUCGUGCGGCGUGGAGGCCACGCAGUCGCGGGAGUUGCGUUGCGGGAGGAAGAGCUCCUCCUCUGGCCGCAUCCGGGAGCUCCCCGAGCGGCGCUGCCACCGCGUGGCCCAGCCGAGCGUGGCGCUCACGCGGCCGUGCGCUACGAACCCCGGCGGCGGCGGCGGCGGCGGCGGCGGCGCCGUGCCGUGCCCCCCCGGGGCCUCGCAGGCGCAGCAGCCGCCGCUGCCGGGGGGCGGAGCGGCUCCGGGUCCCACCCGUCGCUCGCUCAUCAGCAACGCGCUGUCGGGGUGGUACGCGGCACCCUGGACGCAGUGCGCGGCGACGUGCGGCGGCGGCGAGCAGACGCGCUCGGUGCGCUGCCUGGCGCAGGGCAAGCCUGCCGUGGGGUGCCAGCCUCACCACAAGCCGGCCACCACGCGGGCCUGCAACAGCCAGGCCUGCCCAGGACACGCGGGCGAAGUGCCGGUGUGCCGGGAUCACUACACGUGGUGCUCGCUCGUGCCGCGCCAUGCCGUGUGCAGCCAUCCGUUCUACGGGAAGCAGUGCUGCCAGGCCUGCACGCCGUCCAACCUCAUCACCCGAUGAGCUGCGUCACACACACACACGCAGUACCCUCGCCAACCUCAUCAUCUGAGCAGCGUCACACACACACGCGCACUCACCAACCUCAUCCGAUAAGCAGCGUUUUGCACACAGUACACACAUACACGUAUCGAGCACUGUCUCACCAUGACAGCCACGCAAGUGGCGGCAACGUCACCGCAGCGCUUGUGCCAGGCGAGGUGCACCCUGAGGCUUAUGGCGUGACGUGUCAAAGGCUCACUGCUGGCAGGUCACGGGAGACCAAAGGUGCCAUGGGUACGACCGAGAUGACUGGCAGAUGCUCGCCACCGUGCCAACUGGGCGCACACAAAUUGGCACGCACUUAGU